AUGUUAUUAUUAUUUCUACUAUUAUCAUUACUGUGGGUAUUGGAAGCAAAACGAGAAAAAUCUUCAAAAUCAGAUGAAACAUUCAAGGAACAACAACAACAACAACAACAACAACAGCAAUCUCAUGCAUCAUUUUCUGCUAAAAAUAAUGCAAAACACAAGAAAGAUACACGUCGGAUAACGUCACCACGUCAAGAUGUUACGCAAGAUGACGAUAACACCAUAGAAGAUGUUGACGAGGAUAAAAUUGACGAAAUUAUCCGUGAUUCAACCAAAAAUCUUGUCAUAUUCUUUUAUGACGGAUACGCCAAAUGUCCAAAUUGUGGUGAGGCACUUGCGGAAGUAGAAGAAAUCGAUGACGAUAUCGAAGCCACUGGAUAUGUUGAAGUCGUUAAAACGGAUGAUCGAAGUGUUGCACGUGAGCUUGGUGUUACAACAUUUCCAGCUUUGGUUUACUUCAGGCGAAAAAAUCCAAUCACAUAUGAUGGCGAUUUCAAGGAUUCGGAUACAAUACUACGAUGGUUGCGAUCUCAUGAAGAGGUAGUUACUCGGGUUCUUACUGAUGAUAACUUUGAAGAUUAUACAGAUAGCUAUUCACCUGAUGAAGGUGCACUGGACUGGUUUGUCAUGUUUUACAAUUCGGAAGAACCAGACUGUAAUGCAUUUGUUUCAUCAUGGGAAUCCGUAGCACAUAAAUUGCGAGGUUUAGUAAAUGUCGGCAAGGUAGAUAUGUCAAUCAAUGAUGAUGUCACAGAUCGUUUUCGUCUAGACGAUGCUCAAUGUCCGGUAUUCCUUCUCUUUCAUCGAGGAAAGAUGUAUCGAUAUAAAGACGCAGCCAAAAACAUCCGAAGUUUGACAGCAUUUGCAAUGUACAAAUUCAAGGACUUACGUGGUUAUCACGUGCCGGAACCACCAACUGCACUUGAAAACUUUUAUGAACAUAUCAAAGAACGAAUUGCAGAUAUUUUGGAGGAUAGUCAAGCGCUUACCGUAAUCGGUAUCGGAGGGUUGAUUGUAAUCGUUGCUGCGACAAUUUAUGCAAAUGCUAGGAGAAAGCAACACACGACAGUUGUGACAGAUGAUAAUAAAUCAAAAACAAACUAA